AUGGUUGUCAGUGCCGGUGAGGAAUUUGAAGAUUUAGGGCAGUCGUCAAAUGUCCUGAAACGUAAGAAGGAGGACUGCGCUGAGGAGCUUCUGGAGGCUGAAAUCAAACGGGUAGCACUCAAUGAUGAUGGUGAGGACAAAAAAGACCAGAAUGGCGAACGAAGGGAGGAGAACGCUGUGGACAGGGACAACUUGGUAGUAGAUCAACAGACAGAUAAAGAAGAAAUAAUACACCAGCUUCAGCAACAACAGGUAGAGAAAACUCAGCUGCCUGAUCCGCCACAGGCUCAACAUCGUGCCUCGAAUACAACAUUAGAAAAUGAUCAAGAUUCAGAUAUCAAGGAUUACAUUCAUCUGCGUAUGCUAUGUUUAGUAAAACAAGCCUCGAUGAUAGUUGGGCCAGGUGGAGAAAAAAUCUCAAAAAUGAAGGCAGAAACCAACACGCGAAUCAAUGUGUCAGACAAUAUCCGUGGAGUGCCCGAAAGGGUCAUUUUCAUUAGGGGCAGAUGUGAGGAUGUGGCCAAAGUCUUUGGGCUCAUAGUGCGGGCCAUAAACGGCGAAAAAGCAGGCGAAUCAACCCAAGUUUCAACACCGCUGACACUAAAUAUCCUGGUGCCGCAUCAUAUGAUGGGAUGUGUCAUUGGACGUCAAGGUUCUCGACUGCGAGAAAUAGAGGAAUUAAGCGCUGCAAAACUGAUGGCAGGUCCCCAGACCUUGCCAAUGUCCAACGAUAGAAUUCUUUGCAUCACAGGCGUGGCCGACGCAAUUCACAUCGCCACUUACUACGUCAGUCAAACGAUUCUGAAUCACAAGUCAUCGUUUGCUGCGAAAAAGUGCAUUUUUUAUUUACCAAGCACACUACACUCCGUGAUUGUCAAUGAGUAUGGCGUCAGCAUGCAGCCCCAGCAGCAGCAUCAAUAUAGACCCAGCGAGAACGGAAAAAAACGCUUUCACCGUAUUGCGCCCGAUUCUGGCCAUCCUGAAUUUCCGUAUGGUUACGCACCGGUCGCCCACACACAUUCUGCAAGCUUUACGCCCGUCAUGAGUGUAGAUCAUGUCAGGCUAUCAGAUACUGUCAGUGCUGCACCCAUUAUGCCAGACUUGACUCCACGAUUAAGUUUGGUUCAACACGAAGUCUAUAUUGAUGAUAGCUACGUUGGAAACGUCAUCGGCAAAGGUGGAAAAAACAUCAAUUCCAUAAAAGAAAGCACAGGUUGUUCAAUCAUAAUUGAUGACCCCGUAAAUGGCUGUACUGAACGGAAAAUUCUAAUUAGAGGGACUCCCAUGGCCAAUCAAACUGCAAUUUUACUGAUAAACAACAAGAUUGAGAUAGACAAAAGAAACAAAGCAUCGAAUGAGCAGAGAGAUUCAAUUACCAGUUCUAGCUUCACUGGCUAG